AUGGAGCUGGGGGCGGGAGCUGGGAGCUGAACUCUGCUCUGUGCCGGUUGGGAAAGAGCAUUCCCGCUGUUCCAGAGGGCGGGAAGGGCAGUUAGGGAUGUGUCAGCCGGGUGGAUAAGAGAUAACAAGGAGCACUUUCCCUUGUCAGCCCUGUGGGAACGAGAGCCGGCGCGGGGGCAAAUUCCACCUGGGAUUUGCGGCUCCUCCAGCCCAAAUCCCGGGCAGAUGUUUCCCGCUGGGCUCUGGCUCCUCUAGGAUGUUGGAGAACCGAGAGGAAGAACUGACCACGGUGCGAGUGCAGGACCCCCGAGUGCAGAACGAAGGCUCCUGGAAUUCCUAUGUGGAUUACAAGAUCUUCCUCCACACCAACAGCAAGGCCUUCACUGCCAAGACCUCAUGUGUGCGGCGCCGGUACCGUGAGUUCGUGUGGCUGAGGAGGCAGCUCCAGAAGAAUGCUGGCCUGGUGCCUGUCCCAGAGCUGCCUGGAAAAUCCACCUUCUUCGUGGGCAGCACGGACGAGUUCAUCGAGAAGCGGAGACAGGGACUGCAGCAGUUCCUGGAGAAGGUGGUGCAGAACGUGGUGCUGCUCUCGGACAGCCGCCUGCACCUCUUCCUGCAGAGCCAGCUCUCCGUGCCCGCCAUCGAGGCCUGCGUGCAGGGCCAGGGCACCCAGACAGUGACAGAGGCCAUCCUGCACUAUGCCAUGUCCAACUGUGGCUGGGUGCAGGAGGAGGAGGGUCGGCCCUCAACGCUGCCCGGGCGGGACCCGAGAGCCAGCUGUGCCGGGCUGGGAAGCCCCCAGGGCUGCCUGGAGAGCAUCCCGGACUGGAGCGACUUCGGCGUGGACGACGCGCACUCGGAGAGCCCGGAGGAGCCCCCGGGAUCGGGGCAGGACCCGCAGUGACAGCCCUGGGGACACCCCCUGCCUUCCCAGGACCUGUUCCCUCGCUGGGAGAGGGGGCACUGUGGGAGCAGGGGGGUGACUGGGCUGCCCUGGGAACACGGCUCAUCCCGGGCUCUCUCCCUGCUGAUCCCGGCUGUCCCGGUGUCCCAGGCAGGGUUUGCAUCCCGGAGAAGGGAUCUGCUGGGGGGUGGAACCUGUGUUUGUUGUUCCCACGGCCUUUGCCCUCUGGCUGGAGCAGCAGCAGGGCUCAGUGGGGUGGCAGUGCCACCUCCCUGCUCCUGGCACAUCCCAGGGCAGGGUGGGAUCCGCUGCCCGAUGGGAAAAGGGCUUUCCUUGGUGGAUCCAGGGCCAGCCACUCUCUCCAGUUUAGUCCCCCUCCCUCUGCAGCUCCUGGGGAGGGGAGAGGGGGCUCAGCUGCACCAACCCAGAGCCCACACCCGGGCUGCAGAUCCCACCCCCACCCCCGGGGCCUCCUGGCACAGCUUUCCCUCCCUGCGGGUUGGUUUCUGCAGCUGGAAAAACGGGAGCUGAGCUUUCCCCCGGGCAGGGAAUGAGUCGGGGGGGGGAGCAGUUUGUCACCCCUGCCCUGGGAGGGGGUGUCCCUUCCAAGUGGGCUUGGAUUUGCUGGGAUAAGAAGGAGCUGCUCCUGCUGCCCCUCCCCGUGUGGUCCUGCCCCGUCUCCUCCCCGGCCCAGCCCCGGGUCAGGCAGGGCUGGGACGUGCUCGGACUCCAAAUAAAACCGAAGCAGGAGAA